UAAAACCAUAAUAUUGGCCCGGCCACCGCCUGCCAUCGCCGCGGGGCCAGCGGGGUCCUGCGCCCCCCAACCCCGAGCCCGCCGCCCGCAGCCCCCUGGCCCCGCUGCGGGGCCGGGGUUGGGGUCUGGGCCGCCGCCGCCGGGGGUCUCCCGGGGGGUGCCCCCUCCACCACCUCUCGCCAUGUCCGGAAAGCCCAAGGUGUACCAAGGCGUGCGAGUAAAGAUAACAGUCAAGGAGUUACUGCAGCAGAGGAGGGCGCGACAGGCGGCCAGCAGUGCGACAGUCUCGUGGGGCAGCAGCAGCAUCCAGUUCUCGGAGUCUGUGUCUCCUCCUCACCCAGUGCCUUUCGAUGCAGAACCCAUCUCCUCUGCUCCCAACUGCUGCCCAUCCUGGCAGUUUUCCAACUGCCCCUCCUGCGAGGAAAGCCCGAGCUACCUGGAGCAGCUGGUGGACUCCUGCCUUCAGACAGAGGCAACCUUAGAGCCAGCCCUCGGCGCUCUCCAGACGCCCUCGCACUACAUCUCGGACUCCUUCCAGCCUGUCCCGCUCUGCUUCAACCAGGGCCUGGCUGCCGGACCCCCGAGCUUGGCUGACCUGCCCAGCCCUCUCACCUCCAGCUGCUCUCCUCCUCAGCUGCCUCCUUUCACCCCGCUGACCCACAGCCCACCCUCUGCUCUGGACACCCCGACCCACGGCUACCCGGCAGAGGAGUGGCCCUGCCACCCCCCGUCCCCGUACGCCGCCCCUGCCUGCUGCUGCACAGCCUGCGGCCCCCAGCACGCCGACACCAGGGGCCCACAGAUCUUCUCCUGCCCCAGCACGGACUGCCUGGACUGCCUCCCGCCCGUGCCCGAUGACUUCUUCCGACGGGACAGGAGCUGGGACGUCUGCUACAGCUAAUGGGAACGGGGCCUCGCGCUUCUGCCCUGCCCCAAGCAGACGAAUUGCCCACGAACUCUGCGAAGCUGCAGGGCCUCGCACGGUCCAACCCACCCGUCACUACUCACACAUCUUCCACACGAUGUUGCCACUACAUUAGUCCUCCUGUCUUCCAUGGGCAGGCACAAUUUUUAUUUUUUUUUUAUCUUGUUUCCCUUGUUUUGUUUUUAGGAGAUCCCAAGCUGCCUUGCCAAACACGUGUCAUUAAGCCAGCUCGUUUAGUACAAAUAAAUCAUUUGGUACUCACACUGAAUCCCACUC